AUGCCGCCAAAGAAGAAACAAAAACCUAAUGCAUUCAUGAUAUUUGCUUUGGAGUGGAAGAGCAAGCAUGGAAAAGGGCUUUCCAUAGAUCAGGCCACUAAGAAAGCCGGCGAAAUUUGGACGAAAAUGGAUGCAGGUCAACGGGCACCAUAUCAAGAUAAGGCGAAAGAAGAGAAGAUAGUGUCAUCUCGCACUGCUGCACACAAACUUACAUGUACUGGUGUCCCCGUUUCCCAAAUAGAAAAGGAGAAACUUGAUCACGAGAACAAGGAACGUCUAAUGAAACGGGAUAUUGAAACAACUGUCAGCAAAAGUGUUCAAAAGGAUGAAUUGGAAAAGCAGAGCUACUAUUUUAUUAUGGCCAAUUAUUUUACGAAAACAUUAAAAGGAGGUGUUUACGUGCCCGCAGAACUGGCCGUUUCGAAAUUUUCUCUAAAGGAGGGAGUUAGUCGUGUAUAUCAAACACUUAUAAAUCCAGGUGUUAAUAUCUACGGACAUCAAUAUGAAGCUCAGCAUCAUUCGGAAACAACACACAAUCUUCCGUUGCCGCCCAAUGCUCUGGGAGACAAGAAUCUCGGCAAUAUUUACAAUGAAAUUUUAAAAUUUAUUCGCGACGAAGAUUCGAACAAUUAUCCACCGGUCUAUACACAUCGCGACUGUAUACAUAUUGUGGAAUCGGUAUUGGAAUUUCUGAAAGCCGAUAUCGGUUCAAAUAACACCGAAUUGAAAGUUUAUCCCAUUCAAUAUUUACUGUACAUUAUGAAGGAGGCGACCUGCGAGGCCGGGGAAUUGGAGAAACCAAAAAGCUUUUACAUUACAGAUGCCUACUUUGAAAGAGAUUUCUUUGAAUUUCAAAUUGGAAUCGGAUGUCAGUAUCACGAAGACAUUGAUAAAUGUAAGUAUUGUACACAAUCGUAUGUUACACGCUGGGGAUAUAUGUUUGCUGAUUAUAUGUGUGGGGAUUUGGCCAUUCCUCUUGUACCUGGGCGCCACUGCCCAUUGAAUACCAAUCUUAAUGCCAUUAUAACAGAAGCCCCCAGCCGAAGUUACGACGACGAAUCAAUGGUGUCUAUGAGCACCAGCUUAACACAUGUCACCAAACCAGUAGCUGGUUCACGACAUUAUUAUGACGAUCCGAAACCAAAAGAGACCGGCAACAAAUAUUCCACAGACUUUCCAUCCUUGGGUCGUCAUGAAAUGAAGAAGAAACAUAAAAUAUCCCAACCACCACCAAGUUCUGCUAGUGGGGAUGAUGAUGCGGACAAUCCGGACGACUUGAAUCCGUGGAAUGUCCGUUCGCGACGCAAUGUGCCGCGAGAACCAGAAAGUUCUCAUUUUAAUAUUGACUAUGGCGCUGGUAAUUCCUCGGAUGCCGAUGACUAUAGUUCGGUGGCAAGUUUUGGACGUGGACGAGGUUCGCUUGUUAGUUCGUUCAAUAAUUCGAAUGCUAGUAGCUACGGACGUGGACGUUACUUUCGUCCUUGA